UCCGUGUCGUCACUAAAUAAUUAAAAUUGUGAAUAUCUAUAAUGUAAUUAGUAGCCUGUAUUUCAGAUGAUCAUCAACUCAUCAAUCCAUUUCAAAGUAAAUUAUUGUUUAAAAACUGUAUCAACUAAUCAUUCUCAUAAAGAAAAAAAUCGCAUCUAAGUAUGGAUUGAUGAAUAUUUUAGAGCGAGAAUUUUGGGACCGUAAAAAUUAGAGAUGGGACUGAAAUGGAUCACUGUUCUUGUUUCUGUUGUCGUAUUUGUUCUGAGUUUGUCGAAGGUUUCCAUGGGUAGAAUAACAAGUAGUUUUGUAAGAAGUGAAAACUUCUCGCUAGAUAUGCCACUACACAGUGAUGUCUUUAAAACGCCGCCUGGUUAUAAUUCCCCUCAACAGGUGCAUAUAACACAAGGAGAUCAUCAAGGUAAUAGUGUAACUGUUUCUUGGGUUACUCAAGAUGAACCGGGUUCAAGCACAGUCGAUUACUGGGCUGAGAAUAGUGAGAUGAAGAAUUCUGCUGAGGGGUUUGUUGUUAGAUACAAGUAUUAUAAUUAUACUUCUGGAUAUAUUCAUCACUGCACUAUUCAGAAUUUAGAGUUUGAUAUUAAAUAUUUUUAUGAGCUUGGAAGUGGAAAUGUUAAGAGAAAAUUAUGGUUUACAACUCCUCCUAAACCCGGUCCAGAUGUUCCUUACACUUUUGGCCUUAUAGGGGAUCUUGGUCAAACUCAUGACUCGAACCGAACACUUACGCAUUACGAAUUUAAUCCGAUAAAAGGGCAGGCAAUUUUGUUUGUUGGGGACCUGUCCUAUGCAGAUGACUAUCCAUUUCAUGACAAUGUAAGAUGGGAUACAUGGGGGCGGUUUGUAGAACGAAUUGCUGCCUAUCAACCUUGGAUUUGGACUGCAGGGAAUCAUGAAAUUGACUUUGCUCCUAAAAUUGGUGAAUCUGUACCAUUUAAGCCUUAUUUGCACCGUUUUCAUGUUCCAUAUCGAGCUUCUGGUAGCACGUCUCCUCUUUGGUAUUCCAUCAAGAGAGCUUCGGCGUACAUUAUUGUCAUGUCCUCUUAUUCAGCUUUUGGGAAAUACACUCCUCAAUACAAAUGGCUAGAACAGGAACUUCCUAAAGUGAAUAGAACUGAGACACCGUGGCUUAUCAUACUGAUGCAUUGUCCGAUGUACAACAGUUAUGUAGGUCAUUUUAUGGAAGGCGAAACCAUGAGAGUGAUGUAUGAGAAAUGGUUCGUUGAGUACAAAGUCGAUGUUGUCUUUGCUGGCCAUGUUCAUGCCUAUGAACGAUCUAAACGUGUGUCGAAUAUAGCAUACAAUGUCGUAAAUGGGAUGUGCACUCCUGUAAACGAUCAAUCUGCUCCGGUUUACAUAACUAUUGGAGACGGAGGAAAUCUAGAAGGAUUAGUGACCGCAAUGAAAGAUCCACAACCAGGCUACUCAUCUUUUCGUGAAGCCAGCUUCGGGCAUGGGAUUCUUGAUAUAAAGAACAGGACUCACGCAUAUUUCAGUUGGCAUCGCAAUCAAGAUGGAGAUGCUGUGGAAGCUGAUUCUGCGUGGUUGAUCAAUAGAUAUUGGUACUUUUUACAACAAUCAUCCUUUGCUGAACUGUGAAAAAUGAUUUACUUUGUACCAUUAGAACAAAUGAAGAACUGAGAGACUGCAGCAACUCUUCUCAUCCUGCAUAUCAUUUCUUAUGUUCCAUCAGUUGCUUAGCCAUUCCGCUAAAAAAGUUAAAAUUUUCCUGUAUGAUUUACAAUAUGUUGUAAUAUGUGUAUUCUGUUCAAAUAUUGUACAAAUGUAUGUUAUUGUUAUGCCGUUUAUGACAACAUACACUUUUUAUUC